GAAGAGGAAUGUGCUUCGCGUUGGGCCGUCAGUUUCAGUAUUUGGUAACUUUUUUCCUUAAUAUUAGAUGGCUAAGUGAUAGUGUAUCUGGAUUUUUAGAUUUUCCUUUACUUUCAUCUAUGAUUUACAAGUACUCUAAAGUGAAUAAGCAAGAAACUACUAAUGAAUGAAUAAAAUAUGAUUUUAGCUGGAGAGCAGCAAUAAGUAAUACGUACACACCAUUAGGAAGUAGCUACCAUAAUAAACAAUCUUCUCUGGAUAUAGUUAUUUAUACUAAAAUUCACAACGACCCUAACCGCAGCUGCAACAACUGCUUCCACCAAGAGAACAAAACGGGGCACUGACAAAGUUCCACUCCAUCUUGGCAGCAAAGUGUAUGUUUCUAAAAGUGAUUUGAUGAGAAUAUAUAUUCCCAAUGCUUGCAUAUAUACGUCGCGAUUGAGUGAACUGGUGUUUGGCUUGGAAACUCUAAAAAAUGUUUCCAAGGCUGCAGCAAAGGACCAUUUGCGACUUCUCGACGAUGAACUGCUAAAGUCUAUUAAAACUCACAUCGUGCAAGUGUUUUCCAAGGUAGGAGAAACGGAGGUGGACGAGUCGACGGUAUUGCGUUUCAUUGAGCAGAAAAUUGCAAACAUGUCAUCAUCAAAGUGAGCGGCUGAAAAAUAGCAUUAAUGUGAUGAAUGCGUUCAUAACAUUGUGUUCCAAAAUAUAGCUCAGAUAGUUGAUUUUUGUCUUGUUUUCGUAACUUUAAGGUUUUAUAUCUGAAUAAUGUUUUUUUUUUAUAUACAUUGCCAUAAUGUCACCAUCAAUUGAGCAAACUAAAAAAAAAUAGCAUUAAUGUGAUGAUUGUGUCCAUAGCAUUGUGUGCUCGAUCAGCGCAUUUUUAUAUAAAUAAAUAAAUUAUUUUUAUGCUUUGAAUGACAAAGUUAAUUAUUUUUACGUGUGUUUUAAAACUCAAUAAAUGCCAAUAAUCUUUACAUCAAAUACAUGUUUGAGGACAGAAAUACUGCUACCUAUAUCCAGUAUUCGACCACACAAAGAGGCCGAGUGAUGCUGAUAUACAAUGGUUAUCGUUAUGUAGAAAACCGGCAAUCUCAUAAAAAUAUAUUCUGGCGUUGCUCGCGCUAUGUCAAAUACGGAUGUCGCGCCACAGUCGUAACAUCUAAAAUCAAUGAUGACGUAUCUAUAAGAGUUGCAGGGUCGCCUCAUACCCACGAGCCUGAAAUGAAGGCGGAUAAUUUGGAAAUUUCAUCAGACUUUCUGGAGGAUACUAAAGUGGGAUAUAUGCGUUCGAUGGUGGGUUUGUUGGGCGACAUGAAGUGAAAGGCCACAGCUUCGGUCCGUAAUCCCCGAAUCAAGGGGUCGAAUCCUGUUGUUUAGAGUUUUAAGAUGUUAGAGCAAAUGUAUGAAAUUAUAAAUAAAAACGUGCAACGAAAUUAACAAAACCAUA